AUGGUCCACCUUUCGUCGCGCCUGAGUCUGCCCGCGCGCCUCAAGAGCAACAGCAGCGUCAACACCCACAACACCUCGACCUCGCCUUCGGCCGCCAACAGCGAAUUCCCCAGCCGCAGCACCAGUCCCAAGCUCGGCAUGGCCGACAAGAACGGCAAUUUGGUGCUGCGCACUUCGGUCCUCAAGGGCCGUAAUCUCGCCGCGAAGGACAAGAGCGGUACCAGUGACCCGUACCUGGUGCUCACGCUGGGCGACGCGAAAGAGGCCACGCCGGCCAUCAGCAAGUCGCUGAACCCGGACUGGCACCAAACCUUCGACCUGCCCAUCGUGGGCUCGCAGAGCCUGCUGCUGGAGGGCGUGUGCUGGGACAAGGACCGCUUCAGCAAGGACUACAUGGGCGAGUUUGACGUCGCGCUCGAGGACAUCUUCACCAGCAACCGGACGAAGACCGACCAGAUCUGGUUCCCGCUCCAGUCGCGCAAGUCGGGCAAGAAGAAGACCGAGGUCUCGGGAGAGGUGCUUCUGCAGUUCGAAUUCGUUGACCCGACCAACGCCUCGGCUACCCCUGAGCAGCUCUACCAGAAGUUCCUCGCCAUCGCGGUCUCCACCCCCAGCGCAGACGAUGAGGAUGAGGAUUUGGAGCGUUUGGACAGCGGAGAUCUCGAUGAGACAGAGGAAGAGGAUUCCUCGGACGAGGCCGCCGAUGAUGCCGAUAAAGCAGAGAAGAAGAAGGAAAAGAAGCGCAAGCGGUUGCGCAUGAGGAAACUGCGGCGCAAGGCCAAGGAACGGGCAUACGAGUUCUACGGAAGCUCAGAUGUCGCUGGCGUCCUUUUCCUGGAGAUCACGAAGAUCACAGACCUGCCGCCAGAGAAGAACAUUACGAGGACUGGAUUCGACAUGGAUCCUUUUGUCGUCACCUCUCUGGGCAAAAAGACUUAUCGUACGCGCGCCAUUCGUCACAACCUUAACCCCGUCUUCGAGGAAAAGCUUGUUUUCCAAGUCAUGAAACACGAGACAAACUACUCGCUCAACUUCCAAGUCGUCGACAAGGACAAGCUUUCCAAUCAUGACUACGUCGGCUCGGCAAACUUUCCGCUCGAGAACACCGUUUCCGUGGCUCCUCAAGCCGAUCCCCUCACUGGUCUCUACAAGCUUCCCGAGCCGGAAGGCAAUGGCUCGCCAGUACAAACCGAACCUGAAAAGAAGAAACGCUUCAGGCUGCCCCUGUCACGAUCAACAUCAUCAACGAGUUUAUCCAAGUCGAAGGGGUUAAAGAAAGAGAGCUCGUCAACUUCAUUGGCCAGCAGCGUGCACAACGGAAGUAGCUUCUCCGACCCGUCUCCUCCAUCGAAUGGUGGCCUUGCUCCGACUAGCAUCCCGAGUAUGAACACCAAGGAUAUUCCCGCGAUCAACGUGGACACUGCCGCCACCAGUGACGAAUUCAAGUCAUUCACUAUUCCCCUCGAGUUGAGGAAGAGCGACCGUUGGGAGGGCAAGCACAAUCCAGUGCUUCAUAUCAGGGCAAAGUACAUGCCGUACAAGGCUCUUCGGCAACAGUUCUGGAGGGCCAUGCUCAAGCAGUACGACGCCGAUGACAGUUGUCUCAUUGACAAAAUCGAGAUCGUAACGAUGUUGGACACUUUGGGCUCCACCCUCCACGACACGACGAUCAAUGGCUUUUUCGAGAGAUUCGCUGAAGUAAAUGGCGAAUCUGUGUUGACUUUUGAUCAGGCCGUCAUUUGUUUGGAGGAUCAGAUCGAACAGUCACAAGCAACAAAUUCUUCGACUCUGUCAUUCAGGAGUAAGGGUCUGGGUGGUCGGACUUCAGGUCCCCCCACACCCGGACUGACAUCUGGCUCAGGCACGCCGCUCAAUAACCAGUCCCAGACCUCGGUCAUUCCUGCAAUCGAACAGGAUACACUGGGUCCGGAAGGCGAACAUGGCGAGUUCCUGGAGCAGGACGAUCUUGCAGACGACAAGGGCGAAGAGCACGUCGUGGAGAUCCGCGAGUGUCCUAUCUGCCACCAGCCUCGCCUGAACAGGAAGACCGACGCCGACAUCAUCACACACAUUGCUACUUGCGCAAGUCAGGAUUGGAGGCAGGUCAACAACAUUGUCAUGGCCGGCUUCGUCACUUCAAGUCAGGCACAGCGCAAGUGGUACUCCAAGGUCAUUACCAAGGUUGGCUACGGCGGCUACAAGCUCGGUGCCAACUCUGCGAACAUUUUGGUGCAAGACCGUAUCACGGGCCAGAUCAACGAGGAGCGCAUGAGCGUGUACGUCAGAUUGGGUAUCCGCUUGUUGUACAAGGGUCUCAAGCGUGGCGAGAUGGAGAGCAAGAAGGCUCGCAAGCUUCUCAAGUCGUUGAGCGUCAAGCAAGGCAAAAAGUACGACGACCCGGCCUCCGCGGCUGAAAUUCCGGGCUUCAUCAACUUCCACCAGCUCGACAUGGGUGAAGUUCUCCUGCCACUUGAGGAGUUCAAGACGUUCAACGAGUUCUUUUACCGUGCGCUGAAGCCGGGUGCACGUCCGUGCUCCGCACCCAAUGACCCACAGAUAAUUACAUCUCCUGCUGACUGCCGAUCCGUCGUGUUUAAUCAAAUCUCCCAAGCACAGAAGAUAUGGGUCAAGGGUCGGGAGUUCACCAUGGAACGCCUUAUUGGCAAGGCUUAUCCUGAGGAUGUGAAGCGGUUCGAGGGCGGUGCUCUGGGCAUUUUCCGUCUCGCCCCACAGGACUAUCAUCGCUUCCACAUCCCCGUCGAUGGCGUGAUGGGCGAGCCUAGAACGAUUGAGGGUGAAUACUACACCGUCAACCCGAUGGCCAUUCGUUCCGCCUUGGAUGUCUACGGCGAGAACGUCCGCAUCUGUGUGCCGAUCGACUCGCCCACGCAUGGGAGGGUCAUGGUAAUCUGCGUUGGUGCCAUGAUGGUUGGCAGCACUGUCAUCACCGCCAAGACUGGCGACAGGGUCUCGCGUGCGGAUGAGCUGGGCUACUUCAAAUUCGGCGGCAGUACGAUCCUGGUGCUGUUCGAGCCUGGGGUCAUGGAGUGGGAUGAUGACAUGGUCGACAACUCGAACCAAGCGCUAGAGACGUUGAUCCGUGUCGGCAUGUCCGUCGGCCACAGCAUCGGCCACGCGCCUCACACACCCGACAUGCGCAAGGACAAUCCCUCGAUGCAAGAGAGACAGGAUGCGAAGAGGCGCAUCGAAGGAAGCUUCGCGCCAUCCGGCGACGCCGGUCCCAUGCCUGCUGCGCAAAUCAGUUAG